CCGGGCGCUGCCAGGACCAAGGCGAGGGCAGCAGGGCUCUGCCCCGGGAUGCUCGCGGAGCCGCAGCUCGGGCGAAGGGACAGGCAUAAUGCGGAAGUACCUUGGCCCCAACUCACUGAUGGCAGCCAGCGCUUACAAAGCACUGCCCCUGCGCCAGGCAGUGCUUUCCCCACAACAGCUCAUUUAAACUUCCCAGAACUAGGAGAAAGGAAUUACUACCGCCUUAUUGAUGGAUGUAAAGACUGAGGCACAAAGAAGUUAACUAAGAUCACAGUAGCUAUUGGCGGCAGGCUUCGAAGUCCCACUGCUUCUCACAGAUAACACAAGAUUGAUUUUCUUUCUGAAUCGUUUUGGGAAGCCCUGCUCACCACACUGCUACACUGCAUAUCUGGGUACUGUGAUGGAUGAAGAAGAAGAAGAAGAAGUGAUCCAGCCCCAAGAGCAGAGCUGCUGGGCUGCUCUGCCAGAUGUGUGCCUGCAACGUGUUUUCUGGUGGCUGGGAGACAGGGACAGGUCCAGAGCUGCCCUGGUCUGUAGAAAGUGGAACCAGAUGAUGUAUUCAGCUGACCUCUGGAGAUACAGGACCAUCACGUUCAGGGGGAGACCUUCCAUGAUACACAUGUCUGAAUUUGAGUCAGCGCUAUGGUAUGUUAAGAAAUUUGGCCAUUACUUGGAACACUUGGAAAUUAAGUUCUUGAACGCUUACAAUGUUGUCUUGACCAAGAAGUUCCAGGUCACCAUGGGAGGCCUUCUGUCAUGCCUGGGCAAGAGUAACAAUCGUCUAAAGUCAUUCUCCAUCCAGCAUCUGGAGCUAGACCGACUGGUCUGGAGGAACAGCAUCAGGAGCUCUCUGCUCAAGAGCUUGAGCUUUUUCUUAAAGAAAAUGGGCAAACACCUGGACCAUCUUAGCCUGAAAGGGACCCGGCUGACAGUGGAGCAAGGCUGUCACACUCUCAAUUCCUUGAGCUACAUGCGGAAUGGAAACAUGGUCUCGGAGCUCAAUAUUGAGGACUUCUUCAGCCAUCACCUGGCCGUCUAUGGCAGCUCCCAGUUUAACAAGACCAUGGCCACCUUCCACAACCUGACAUCCCUGACACUCAACUACAACUGUAUCUCUGAUGAGCUGCUUGAGACCUUGAGUGAGAACACCACUGGCAUUCUCCGGACCAUGAACAUCAAAUGCCACAUUCAUGAUCCCCAUGGCCAGGUAGUCUGGGGCAUGUCCUGGGCUAAGUUGGCCAGGCAAGCCAACAACCUGAAGGUGAAUUUCUUCUUUGAGCGGAUCAUGAAGCACGAGCACUUGGCCCGCAUUCUUCUGCAGGAGAUCCCAGUCAGGAGCAUCAGCUUGAGAAGCUGCUAUUUCAGUGAACCAGACUGGUCCAUGCGGCCCACUCUGAUGGACCUCCUGCCCUCCUUCCGGAACACUCUGCAGAAGUUAACAUUUGAGUUCAACAACAACCAUGAGUCACUGGAUGAACAGCUACAUGUCCUCAUCCUGGCCUGCAGGAAUCUGUUUUACUUCAAAAUCUGGGCUUUCCUUGAUGUAAAGUUUGUAGAGCGGAUCCUGAAGAGCCAGGAGGAGGGGCAGUGUGCCCUACGCACACUCAAGGUGAGAAUUUACACAAACAAAUAUGACACAAAUGAAGAGGAUAGAAUCCUGCGGGAAAUUUACAGGAAGUACAGAAAGCUGAUUGAUUCAGAACUUAAUUAUUUUGUCAUCACCUACCCCGCGAUAUAAAGAGCAGUCUCCAGAGGAAGAACUCUACAUGCACUUUGAACCUGAAAACCUGGAUCCCGAUGAACUACUCUUGUGGCUCUCAUGCCCUCAUCCCUUUUUCUUCUCUCUCCUUUUUGGCAGUUCCUCACCAACAUGAACAGCCUGGUAAAGGUUAGACUGCUGAUAAAGGGAAGGCCGCUGUCCUAGUUUGUUCUUCA